AUGGCGGUUUCCCCCAAAUUCUUAGUCGUCAUUUCCGUCAUCGUCAUUUCCUUCUCAUUAGCAUCGCUAGCGUUAGGUGCAACCGAGACCAACAAGAAUCCCAGUAGUCCCCCGCCGCCGCCGGCAUGCGGUUCCGAUACGGGCCGAGGGUGCCGGAACAAGGCGGCGGCGUUGAAGCUUAAAAUCAUAGCCAUUGGUGCCAUACUAGUGACCAGCAUGGUAGGCGUUUGCACGCCGUUGAUUUCCAAGAUGAUCCCCGCCGUUCAACCCGACACGGAUUUGUUCGUGUUGGUUAAAGCCUUUGCCUCCGGGGUGAUCCUGGCCACCGGGUACAUGCACGUCAUGCCGGAUUCCUUCGACUGUCUUAGGUCGGCGUGCUUGCCGGAAAAACCCUGGAAGAAAUUCCCCUUCACAACGUUCGUCGCCAUGCUCUCGGCUGUACUAACGUUGAUGGCGGAUUCAUUCGCCAUGAGUUUUUAUAAGAAGCAUAAGCUGGACUGUCUGGCCGGUGAACAGCAAGAUUCUCAUCAUCAUGCAGCCGCCGUUGAUGAAAGCGCCGCCGCCAAAUUGCUUCGCUACCGCGUAGUCGCUCAGGUUUUGGAGCUAGGAAUUAUUGUACACUCGGUUGUGAUUGGACUGUCGUUGGGAGCAUCAGACAAUCCAUGCACGAUAAGGCCAUUAGUGGCAGCGCUAUGCUUCCAUCAACUCUUUGAAGGAAUGGGUCUUGGAGGCUGCAUUUUACAAGCGGAAUAUGGAUUAGCAACGAGAGGAAUUAUGGCGUUCUUCUUCUCAGCAACGACACCAUUUGGGAUUGUGCUAGGGAUCGGAUUGUCGAAUGUUUACAGCGAUAACAGCCCGACAGCACUGAUUGUGGUAGGAUUGUUGAAUGCGUGUUCUGCGGGGUUGUUGAAUUAUAUGGCGCUGGUGGAUCUGUUGGCCUCGGAUUUCAUGGGGAAUAAACUGCAGAAGAAUAUGAAACUGCAGACAUGGGCUUAUGUUGCUGUGUUGUUGGGUGCUGGAGGCAUGUCUGUCAUGGCCUUGUGGGCAUAG